AUGUUACUGCAGUAUGUUUUAGAUUUGCUAAAAGAGUACGAUAUUCACAAUCUGUUUAUUACAGACAUGAACACCGAGUUCCAUAAGACAAUCAACUCAAUUGAUGACACCAACUCAAUUGGAGACAUCAAGAGGGAUCUGACUGCUUUCUUUGACUUCUACAUCACUACAGUCGAUAAGAAUACUCUAUUCUACCAGGAAGCAGUGAAAAUGAGUGGAUUGAUGGCUGAAAUAGCACGAACGUAUUCAGAGGAGAUGGCAGUGACUGCAGGUGAUGAGAAGGAAGAAGACACCAAUGCCGUGAUUGAGCGAAUAAAUGGCGUGAUUGUGCAGAACAUCAACAAGAAGUUUGCUGCGGAAGAGGAGGAGAAUGCAGACCAGAUCAACCCAAGCAAUCAGCAGUUUCUGAGCAGCAAUCAGCCCGUUUCUAAGACGGAGGCUGCUCCCCUGAACAAUGGCAGAUUUCAGGCGGAAUUCAAGAAGACGAAUGAGCCAUACAAAUUUUAUUACAGUAGGGAGGAAAUAAGUAGGAUGAAUAAGAAGAAUAUAAAUGAGGAGAUUCUUGACAUCUACAUGCGAAGUCUGGUUGCAUUCUCACAGGAUGUGGAUGUUGAGACACUGAACAAACACAUUUAUUACUUGCAGAAUGAUGGACAGUGGGUGGAUGACAAUAAUCAGUGA